GAAACUGUUUACAAAUGGCGGCAGUCAGAACGAUAAUGGUCUUUCCAACCGAAAUGGUGUUCACAUAAACUUAGUUGUUUAAAUUGAUUACAUUCGAUAACCGACUAUGUAAUUGUUAAGGUAUUAAAAGAAAGAAUUACAGCAGGAGCUGGGCAUUUUUAUGAAGACUGCUAUUCAACAUCAUUAGCACAUGAUUUCAUAAAGAAAAUAAUAUAACAAAGACAAAAUGGCAGCCGACUGGGGAAGAAAAGCUGCUAGUAAGAUUGACAGGACUCAGUUCAGUAAAGAUGAGCUACUGAAAUCCUUGGGAAAUCAAUUCAAUGUUGACUUUACUGAUUAUGAUCAGUGGACUAGAAAGAACAAACCUGUGACUCGCCCUCCUCCGCCUCCAAAAGGAAGCAAAUCCGUCACUAUUCGCCGCACUGCCAAGUCGGCUGAUAGCUGCCAGCAUGGGACCGGACCUGGCAGGGGUGGACAUAUACCAACGCUAAAGGAGAAAAAACAGGCUGCUCAGAAAAAGUCUCUGGACAAAGAACGAGUGGAGAGAGUUAAAAUUAUUGAGCUGAGAAUAAGAACAAGAAAAAAGACACUAGAAGAAUACCAAAAGAGAUAUCAUGAAUUACUUGAGGAGAAUAUAAAGUUAAAGGCAGAGAUAGAUGAUGAUGAAAUGCAUACAAUGGACCAUGUGAAGGGUUUGCUGCGACGAUAUGAAAAAUAUAGAGGUGGUAUAACAACAAUAAAUACAAACUUUGGAAAAGAGUUUGAAACAGAACAAAGUGAACUUGAUGCAACAAUUGCAUGGACGACAGACAAGCUGGGAGCUUUAGAAAAGCAGGUGUCAGAAUCAGAUGAAUACUUGAAACAGAAGCAAGAAGAACUACACAUCUUAAUGAACUAUAAGGACAAGGAAUACCCUGUCAAAGCUAUGACAAUAGCUACGUUAAAGAAGGAUAUACAAAAUCUCAAGAUUUCGUGUCAGGAAGAUCAAGAGGACUUGGAACAUAUAAUCUAUACUGAGCUGUCAAAGUAUGAGAAAGAAAGAACAAAAAAUAUAACUGAAACAACAAAGGAAAUGACAGAAACAGCAAUAUCUAUGAUGCAUCCCAGUCUGAAGGACAUGGCUCUGCAAAACAUGGUGAUGAAAAAGGAGAUAGAGAUGAACAAGCAGGUACAGGAGGAUCUACUUCACGACAACCGAUUGCUUGAAGCUGAAGUGGAACGACUUCUUAAAGAUCCAAAAACCAACACCAGACUACAGAUGUUCCCAGAAUUUUUCCCGACUCGAGAAAAGUGUACCCCAGACAUGGAUGUGAUUCUCGACAUUCCCACACAAGAAUGGCUACCAAUAUAGUCCCUAUAUACAUACACUGUGUGAUGUACAUGUGCCUGUUUGUCCGAUACUUCUACUGGUGACCAGAGAAAAUUUCUGUCUCCUGAUGAACGAGCGAACUUUUACUGAAGUUGCUGCCAAUAUUGGAGUAUCCUGAAUAUAGACUUGGGUAGAAUUAUAUUUUUGUGUCAAUUGCUGAGACAUCCUUGCUACCCUGUAUAACUAUAAUUAUUAUCAGUAAAACUUACAUGUAGCUGGUGGUUGGGCAAAUUUUAAAUAGUUUUAAAUGUUGACAUGCUUGCCAUGUUUCCCUAUCUGAGUGGAGAUACUGCCAAUAUUCUACUUAUUUUUAUGAACCCAGCCUAUGGAGUUUGGCGAGAGAGGUUGCUGUAUUGAAAUUUUGAAUUGCCUUCUCCGACGUUUGACCACAAUUUGUGUCAAUUACAUCUUAUAUCUUUAAGAAGUCUCUUUCAAACUUGGCAAAAUAUAUCCCUAUCAUCAAAUUUGCAAAUGUCCCUUUUGUUAAAACAAAUCUGCAAUAUGUCAAAUGUAUCUUUUGAAGUACUGAAGUGAGUUGUUUCAAAAUGUAUCAGUAUUCUGUUUUCUAUUUCCAUUCUCAACUGAAACUGAUACUGUUUAUAAUAUUUAUAUACAUGAAUUAAAAUUACCUGCUCCGAUUUUGAAAACAUAACAUUGUAAAUGUAUGUACAGUAUAUGACAUUUUGUAUUGUCAGUUGAUUUUGUUAUAAAUCAUAUUGUAGGUUUUGUCAUUCAUAUCGCAAAGGGAGAGAUAUUUUAGAUGGAGACAAUACAUUAUAAAAACAUGUUUUUGUACAAAAAAACUCUAAUGAACAAAAAAAUCAUUAGAGAAUUGGAGAAUAUAUUGGAACUAACUGUUGUUUAGGAGGUAAAAAACACAACAGCACAGGUACUCUCUACCUUAGUUCUGGUUUCAUGUUAUGAAGUAUCAUUGAAUGCGAGAGAAAAGUAAGAGGUGAAUAAAUAUAUUUGAAAGAAAACACCUGUUUCUGAUUUAUGUAUGCUUCCUAAUUAUCAAAAAGAAAUGUUUGUAUGGUCAGGUUAAUGAUUUGAAGAAGUCAUUUUGAAAUCUUUCAAACAGAUUUGUGGUAUGAUUUAACAUGCUUCUUUAAAGAAAGGAAUCUGUGUCAUUUUGAAAAAAAAAUGAAGAUGUGACAUCGAAAAAAGACUGCGAAAGACUCAAACUUUAACAAGGCAUUGGCAAAUCAUACAAUUCCCUCCGCAUGCCAAGUCAUUAGAAGUAUUCUCAUACUUGACCAA